UUUCACUCCACCGUCUCCCCCCUUCAAAGCUUCUGUCACCAAAGAGUGGAUUUGGUCUCUAUUGUCUCCAGUGUUUUAGUUUAAUUCUCCUGGGUCCUCUCCACCCUCGUUCAGUCACUUCCGUCACUCACUUACCCACGCACUCACUUUGCCUGCCUCGAUUGUGCAGUGCUGUCCUGUCUAUCCUCCUCUGCAAACGACAGGGUAGCUUUAGCUGUAGACGUAACCAUCCUCUGCAGCUCUUUCUCUGCUCUCAACCGUAUACGCCCUCGCGCUGUCACGACGAGCCCACCCAUAAUACUCACGCCUGACCGUGCCGAAAUACUGAGAGAACGAGGAAGCAAACCAUGGCUUCGCCUGCCGACCCGAAGCCCGUGGUGGCGGCUGCGGAUGGCACGCUUACGAAGGCAAACGGAGACGCUGCAGCCCAACCCGCAGCAGAAGUUGAUAACAAGGGGACGGACAGUGUCGCUGAAGCUGCCAGCGACCCGCAGAAUGAUCCGACAGAAUCACUGGCGGCCGCUCCAGCUGAGCCAGCCAAGGCGGAGAACGGAGCUGGAAACAAGGUCAAGCCGGAGGAGUCGCCGACGCUACUGAAACCAUCCAGCGCUGAGAAUGAAGGACAAAAGACACCACCGCCGCAGCUGGCACCGAUAGUGACUUCGGCUAUCACGGCUGAGCCUGCCCAGGUGCAUCCGCCCGCAAAGGCAGCAACGGACGCCGACCGAGGUAUCGACGAGGUUAACCCCCGAGACUUUGCCGGCGAAGUGGAGAGCAACAAUGACCUACCAUCGGCCGCGACGCUGCGCAAGAUUGAGAACUACGCCGUACUCGACCGCCACGGAAAGUCGCACACCUUCCGGAGUCUAUACAGUGGGCGCAACGUUGCCAGGCGCGUGCUCGUCAUCUUUGUCCGACACUUUUUCUGUGGCAACUGCCAAGAAUACCUCCGUACCCUCUCAGACUCUAUCACCCCCGAGGCCCUGCUCGACCUUCCGAUCCCAACCUUCAUCGCUGUAAUAGGCUGUGGUGACCCGUCCUUGAUCGACAUGUACGUGAACGAGACGGGCUGCCGCUUCCCUGUCUACUCGGAUCCGACCCGGCGCCUGUACGAUGAGCUGGGUAUGGUGCGCACCCUUGCCCUUGGCUCCCGUCCGGCCUACCAGCGCAAGUCCAUGAUCAGCAGCGUCUUUAGCAGCGUCGUCCAAGGCCUAAAGCAGAUCCCGAGCGGCAAGGCUACCAAGGCUGGAGACCAGCGCCAGAUCGGCGGCGAAUUCCUCUUUGAGCCCCUCAGCGUCAUGACCCCCGCCGAUGACAUUGAGAAGCGCCUUGGCGAGCACAGAGACUACAGAGCCAGCAUGGCAGCGGCCAAGAUAUCUACCGAAGACGCCGCGGCCGGGGAAGGAGCGGGGGCGGCCGGCGACCAGAAACCACUCAGGACGGAUGAGGAGAUCAAGGCUGCCCUGAGCCGCAGUGGCAGCAUCGCGCCGCCCGAGGCGCAGAUCCAGCAGGAGGACGAGGCCGAAGAGCCGGGCGAGGAGAAGCAUGUGACAUGGGCGCACCGCAUGCGCACCACGCGUGACCACGCUGAGAUACCCGAGCUCAUGGAGGUUCUGGGUCUCAACGGCCAGGGCCAGCCCAUCAAGGACAAGAAGCGGUGGUCCAGGGCACUCGAGACCCGGAAGGGAACCGGUGCGAGCCUGGCCAGUCAGAUGAGCGCGCUGUCUGCCUCGAGGAGUGCGUCCAAGGGGCAAUCGCCUGAGCGGUCAUGACCAUUUCUUCUUUAUUUACUUUGCUAUUUGCUUGCAUAUCUAUUCAGGCCUGGUUUUCCUUUCAUUCUUUCAUGGAAAGAUUUGGGGGAAAGAUACACAACAGACUUGUAAUUGAUUGUUGGCCGUGGCUUUUUGUUCAGCAUGGCGCCUUUUUAAAGACCUCGUUUAUACCCCGAUAAGAUGAAGCCAGGGUUGACGCUUGUUGAUUGUCCUUUUUUUUUCUCACUUUCAAAGUUUCACAAGCCAGUCUAGCAUACAUCUACGUUGGAUGACUUUUCCCACACAAAGACCAAAAAUAUGAAUUUUGGGCAGGCGUUUGGAAAGAGCGUUUUUUGUGUAUUCUUUUUUUUUUUUUUUUUUGUUUUCUUAAUUGUUUCUCUUGUUAUAUGCUCGAUACCCACGCGCACCCGCGUUGGCUAAUUUGGCCCCAUUGAUCGCUUCAAUGCUAUCUUCUUCUUUUUUUUCGUUUACUGCGUGCGGCGAUUGUAUUGCUUGAGGAUAAUGAUUAAAAACUAUUAUGGAGCAACUGGCUAAUGCAACAAAGGACUUUGUCCUAAUACAUUUUCACGGUUCCCAC